CUUCACGCAGUCUUCCUAAUGAGAAACAUCAAUGAAAUCAGUAAAGCACCAUCUUAACAGAGUAAUGUGGAAUAUCAGUAUAACCUUUAAACAGUAUUGAUAGUCCUUUUCAACUUACGAUUACGUACUUACGUUAGAUCGUAACCCCUUCACUCUAGUUAUUUUUUUCCGCUGUGUGAGUGGAAUCAUAGCUUGUACAAGCAGGCAGGACACACUUUCCUCUUUAAUGUAACGAUACGUAGUUUUUUUUUGUCGAAUACUAUUCUUGUAUAUGUAUAAUAAGAUAAGGUCACGCUCACAAAAUAAAUAUUUCCAAGCUAAUCUGUUUUAUACUACUUCAAUAGUAAAGCUUAGAUAAGAUUAUUGCUGCAAUGCGCACUUGAGGAGAUCAAGUGUACUACUUAAUUAUUUCACAUUAUCUGUCAUAUGUGGAGAAGUGAAGCAUUUUGCAGGGGUGAAUCGUAUGUGUUUUACUAUGCAUUAAUAACACGAUAUUCGUGUCAACGUUGACACUGUUAGGACAAGACUAUGGCACACAACGUGGCAGACAACAAAGCAAUGGUGUGGGAGAGCUCCGACAAGCUGGCAGCAGACAGCAGGCUGAACCUCGGUAAGGUAGAGGACCACAGACCUCCAGUAGUAGACCUGCCAACUGUAGAGAGCGUGUCACACAUGCAGAGACCCAAAUAUCCUACAACGUAUAUAGAGACUCUCGAAAAUCACUUAAAAACUAAUAUCGCCUCAGGUAUGUUCGCCAUGGGAGAUGCGUUCAAAAAUGCAGGUCUUCUGUUGGCACCGGUCUUGACGAUGUUUUUGGGAUGCCUUUGUGUCUUCAAUCAACAUAUAUUGGUAAACAGCGCCAACAGGAUGCGGGAGCAGAGGAAACUCAACUACUACCCGAACUUCAACGAUACAGUGGAUCUGUGCUUUGACUCUGGUCCUCCUCUUUUUCGCAAAUUCGCUAAGCACAGCAGAUUUGCUGUAAACUUCUUCAUCAUAGUAGCUCAAUUGGGGUUCUGUUGUGUAUAUAUAGUUUUUGUCACCAGUACUUCACAGCAGAUCCUGCACUACUUCGGAUAUGAAAUAGAGAUUCAUCUGAACAUGGUGAUCACGCAGGUCUUCAUCACCAUGACCAUCUUCAUUCGCAAUCUUAAAUACUUGGCCCCAGUGUCACUGUUUGCCACAGUCACCAUGGUAAUCGGUAUUGCUCUGACCCUUUACCUCUCUAGUGAGGAUAUCCCGCCGAUAACUGACCGUCAUGCCGUGGCAUCACUCCACCAGCUGCCUCUGUUCUUCGGCACUGUCGUUUACGCUUAUGAAGGCAUUGGUGCGGUGUUGCCAUUACAAAGUGAAAUGAAGAAUCCAGAGAAAUUUAGCACACCACUUGGUGUAUUAAAUGUUGGAAAUCUGAUUGUCACUGUAUUGCUACUCAGCACUGGCUUCAUCGGUUACCUAAAGUAUGGGGAAGCCGUUGAAGGCAGUCUUACACUGAACCUGCCUUACGAAUCUAUAUUAUCACAGUUUGUGAAAAUCACUAUUGCCAUAGGGAUGUUGCUCACGUACCCUAUAGUGAUGUAUGUUCCUCAUACUAUCAUAUGGCCUGCUAUUGUGAAACGUUGGGGACCUUUUGAAAGAAAAAUCCUUUACGAGUACUUAGUGAAAUUAAUCCUUUGUCUCAUUACUUUCGUGUUGGCCGAGGUAGUGCCUAACCUGUCCGUGUUUAUCUCGCUGGUGGGGGCUGUCAGCAGCACUGCUCUCGCCCUCGUGUUUCCCCCACUCUGUGAUCUUUCAAUCCGCUGGAAACAUCAGGACUUUGGGACACUCAGAUGGAGAAUGGCUGUGGACUUUAUCACCCUUGUCGUCGCAGUUUUUGGUUUCUGUACAGGAACUUACUACAGCUUAGUAGAGAUUGUCAAUACUUUUAAGACCUAAUUUAUUCAAUAGAUUUUAAGUUGAUACUCCAUUUUGGAAAUUAUAAAUGGCCUUUAUACAAUUAUUUCUUUAAUAGUUUUUAUGGCUUUGUCUCUGGCUAAAACCACUGAAGAAAAUAUAGCCAGCUACCAAUUUCAGCAAUUCACUUUUAUAUGGAGGUUUUAGAUACUAAUAACAUAAUAGUUGAUAUGCUUGAACGAUUUUAAACUAAAUACCUUUGAAAAUACUUUAUUCUUCUCUCCAAUAAUCAAACGUGUGACUUUUUUGGCCAGAGAACUGCAUUUAUACUUUUCGGCUAUGGUAAGGAUUAAGGCACAAUUUUAAUGCACUCCACUAUUUUAUGCUCUGUUAGGUACUUCAAAUUUACGAUAUAUUUACUUUAGAUGCCAUGUCCCUUACCUUUAAAUUUAUAAUUUACCUUAAUUUUCUUUUAUUUAUUAAACUGAAAUAAAUAAACUUGCUCUGGUCACAUAGCUUUUAUGGGUAUCCAUGUUGGUACUGAGGAAAAUACAGCAUAAACAAAUUAGUAUACAGAGUAUAUUGGAAAGGCUAAUCAUAUGUCACUUUUCAGCAACUUAUCAAUACAAGUAGUGAAGUUACUUAUUGGAGUGGUUGGUUUCUUACAAAGCUUGAACACUUUAGCUUAACCUGCAAUGUAAUUUUCAUAACAAACUAAAGAGUAAAGGAGGUUUUUUACUGUGUUAUGUUGACAUGAAUGUACUGAUGAAAAUAUGAAAUGAAUAGAGCAUGGAUCUCAGACAUAGUUCAAAAGUUGUUAUUAAAUCACUUUUUUGUCUGUUUGUUAAAUUUGAUUCCAAAUUAGUCCUUUACUACUUCUAUAUCAAAAUUAGAAAUGGAAAACAUUGGCCUAUUAGGUGUUGCUAUCGGGCCAAGAUAUUGUCCACAGUGAAGCAAAUGAAAAGCCUCCCUCACUGACCUGAAGUCCGCAUGUGUUUAACCUUGUAAUAAUCCUUGCUAAGUACUCAAAUCUUUGCAGGAAAAUUAUUGUUAUUUUCUUUGACCUUUUAUUCAUGUACUGUAGAAAAAUAUUUAUUAUAUCAGACUUCAACCUUAGACAUAAAGUGUAUCUUUACAAGUGUCUAUGUCUCUACAGUAUGGACAUAUUUUUCCAAAUAAUUUUUAAAGCUAUAAAUUUACUUAAUAUUCAUGAAGUAUCUUUAGUUAAUACAUGAAAAUUGUAUUAAUAUAAAAAUAAUGCUACGCUGUAUCGGUUCAAGAAAAAUAUCCAUAUUGUUGUCUUAUGAUCUGUGAUGAUAAGUUUUAAUAAAGUAGUGUGUAGUGACUGUUAGUAAAAUGUUAGUACAAUGUUAGUACUAAUAUAUAAUAUAUUUAUAAACUGACAUAGAUUUAUAUUUAAAAUUGUCAUACAAUGUAGUUUGUAUACUGUAAAGGUAAUUUUAUAUGUAUUUUAUGAUAUUUUACUUUUACCAAAUAAAAUAUAUGUAUAGAAUAUUUUCAUUAUGACCUUUAAAAGUAUUUUCAAUCCAAAAUAUUAGCCACAUAAAAAUUGAAAGAUGUAUGGUAGUAUAUUCAGUUUUAGCAUUAGUUUUUAUUCCAUUAAGAUUUCUGGCACUUUAUUUCAUUUCAACUCUUCUUAUUUUCAAUUAUACACAAUGGAUGGAACAACUCAGCCAAUGCUCAUGCAUAUUGCUCAAGUUGGCUUAUAUAUAUUUGCUGUGGGUAAUAGUCAAAAUUAUACUACAGUUAAUUUUAUUUAUAUAUUUUAUAUAUAGUAAUACUUUCAGUAUGUAUCUGUAAAAAUUCUCUUUGUAAUUUGUUGAAAUAAAUUCAAAUUCAAUUCAAUAGUUA